AGUGCACAGCGGCCAAAAGAGCGGCAGAGAGAGAGAAAUUUCACACACACCCUUCACUCAAACAACAUCUCCCCACCUAUUAAUUCCUCUCUGUCGCUCACUUUGUGCCUUGUGUACUGCAGUGAGGACAGAGACACUAGGUAUUCCAGGUCAUUAGGAUUCCUCCAGGAACAACUUCGCUACCUGGGACUCAUUCCUUUCCUAUCAAUGAAUGAUAGCCACGCCGCUGUGUGUAAGAGGAUCCAAACCCUGCAAGGAGAACAUAUUGCUGUCUCUUCCAUUUUAGAGUAGAAGGGUUACGGCUUCUUUGUUCAGUUUUGGGCCAUCAUGGGGUUGUUAGUGGAGCAGAAUGCCUGGCUGUUUGUGGCCCUUUUAUUUGGGAUAAAUCACUUUGCUGAAGGAGGGUGCUCAGGAAGGUGUUGUCAAGGAAUAGAUCGCACCUGUUUUACUACAGACUGGAGGAUGGACCGAGUAUACGGGACGUGCUAUUGUGACGAGAGGUGUGUCAAAACGAAAGACUGCUGCUUUGACUACCCGACAGCGUGCCCUGCCCAGCCUUGUGUCAUGAGCGAGUGGAGUCACUGGAGCGGAUGUGCCCUGCCAUGUCAGCCCUCCUUCCGUGUUCGGAGGCGCAGCAUUCAGAUUAAACCCCACAACAGUGAUCAGGUCUGUCCAAUGCUGGAAGAACAAGCAGGCUGCAUGGAGUAUCAGGACCAUCAGGGCGGCUUUUGUACUCAGACACAAGGAACAGCAUUUAUAACCACAAUGGAGUACAGCAAAGGCAGAACACAUGAUUUGUAUGGGGCCCCGGUGAACCCUGGUUUCUGCAUGGAAUUCAAGAUGGAGUCUCUCACACCACAGUGUAUGGUAGAGGACAGACCCUAUACUCGCUGGAUGCAGUACUUACGGGAAGGUUACACCAUCUGUGUGGCUUGUCAACCUCCAGCCAUGAGCAACCACAGCCGGAGUUGCCAAGGAGACGGUACCCUAGCUGAAAGGAAUGAGCUUCUACACUGGCAGGCAGUUGGAAGUCCUCGCUGCAGAGGAACAUGGAGAAAAGUCCAGAGACUAGAGCACUGCUCCUGUCCACUAGUACACAGCUUCAUUUUCAUUUAAACAAACAGGUUGAAUGCAGAU